AUGGAGCUCACCACCGAGACAGAGAAGCUCCUCCAGCAGGUAGAAAUGGAAGAAGAGAACGAACAUGGAAAGAGACCCGAGAGUUCAGAUAGUAGUACUAUCACCACAACCAACACCAGCUCGUCUUCUAGCUUUUCCGGGUUUCACGGUGAACACGACGAAGUGAACAAUGGAAACGUCUACUUGGACGGUUUACAAGGAAUUUGGAAAUGUCGCCACUGCGAUUGGACUUACAAAGAGGAAUCUUUGUUAUGUUUUGAGACCAAAGGUCUUGAUGAUCAUGAGUCCGAAACUUCUGAGCACUUGAACGAGGAGAAAAAGAUGCAAAUCGAAAAGGGUUCAUCUUCUGAGGACAACACAGGAUCACGUGAGAUCGAUGAAGUACAAGACGGUGAUAUCCCUGAAGAGGUGGAGAUGAUAGAGGAAGAGGAGGAAGUGGACAUCGUAGAUGUUAAAGAUUAUAAGGCCAAAGAACUGCUGGAGAAUCAAAAGACACCUGAUCUAUUAUGUCCAAAAUGCAGGAAUUGCAUCACCAAAGUUGUUGUCCUCAAGAAAAGGGUUGUCGUCAAGAGGAUAAAACGGACGAACCCUCCUGUGGGCGGACCAAUCCAUAUCCCGGUCGACCCUCCUUCUUUAGGUUCGGUAGACAGUCAGCCACCUCCGGCUGGUGAUAUACCUGAUCAAUCCUUUUUGUACAGGUGCUUGUCCUGCCUCUGCAUAUUCAAAUCCCCAGUGGCGGAUCCAAAGCUGGUUCCUGACAGUGAAAGUGUCGAGGGGGUUAACAUUCAGCCAAAGCCACAUGCUAAAGUUGAUUUCAACUGUCUCCGUGGGGUGUUUGGAUUUAAAGAACCAGAUGUUCAGCAAGUUCCAAAGUCGCAUGAUCCAAUAGAGGAUGUCAACGAUGAAGCAUCUGUUCAAGGCGGGCAACAGUCUCUGGUUCCUUCAGCGGUGGAGGAGCCAACACAGAAAAAGAACAAUAAGGAUGGUCCUAGUGCAGUAGUGCGUCUCUUCCCGAUUAAACGAUCUCCCCCGGAUUCAAGAGUAGAUAUUCCACCACUCUCAGUGCAUCCUCUGCCACAGACUCCAGAUGUUCCGUUACUAACACCACCAGUUGUUGAAGGACGUAAACCUGAGAUCUUGAAAAGUAUCGUAUAUGGAGGUCUAACAGAAGCAAUCACAAGCCUCGGUGUUAUCUCAUCCGCCGCUGGUUCUGGUGCUUCAACAUUGAACAUUUUGGUACUAGGUCUUGCAAACUUGUUUAGCGGGCUUAUUCUCAUCAUUCAUAAUCUCAAAGAACUCAGAGAGGAGGAGCCUAUCAGUGAAGCAACAGAGGAUAACCAGACCAGCGAUCAAGAAGAAAGUCGAUACAAGCGACUCCUAGGGCGAAGAGAAAACUUCUUCCUUCACGCAACAAUCGCAAUCUUAUCCUUCAUAAUCACCGGACUACUCCCACCUGUCGUCUACUACUUCUCAUUCAGAGAAACACACAACAAAGACUACAAAAUCGCAUCCGUUUUCAGUGCAUCUCUGAUAUGUAUCUCCUUCCUCGCUCUAGCCAAAGCUCACGUGAGUAACCCCAGAGGCAACUACCCGAAGACCGUUCUCUACUACGCGACGAAUGCUGUGUCUGUGUCGGGGAUUACCUAUGUGGUUGGUAACGUUGUGAAUCAGUUGCUUGAGGAGUACGGAUGGUCUGAUGGAUCUGAAACUCCAGUGGGAGAGAUGAUGCUUUCACUUAUGGGGAGAAAGGCUGGUGGCUUUGGAUACUCAUCAUCAUACUGAUCAUAAAAGCUUGUCUACGUGGUGCUACUUUUUCUCUUUCACUCUGCUUUAUGCGACUUCUUGUUAAACUUGUUUGUGUGUGUGUGUGUGUGUUUUUUUUCUUAUGCCAAAUCUUUCUUGUGAGUGUGAAGUUGUUUCCCAAGUGUAGGAAACACAAAAUA